AAAAAGGUCAUCAAAUUCAUCUGUAUUUUUUUCUUGGUUUUAAAAUCUAUUUAAGAGAGACCAAAGAAGAAGGCCAACAACUCUAAACAUGGAACAAGAGAUGAAGAAUAUACAAGAAAAUCAGCACGCUGAUCAAUCUAAAAGUGCAGCUAUUUUCAAGAAAAGUAAUCGUCCUGUCACUCUUAAGUUUGAGAAUGUUGUUUACAAGAUUAAGCUUGGGAAAGAAGGGUGUUUCAAGAACAACUCUAAAUCAGAGGAAGAGAAAAUAAUCUUGAAGGGUGUCUCGGGGAUCGUUUCUCCGGGCAAAAUGCUGACCAUAUUAGGCCCUUCAGGCAGUGGCAAAACAACUCUACUAACUGGACUCGGAGGCAGGCUUGUUAAUGGCCAUCUUGAUGGUGCUAUAACAUACAGUAACAAGCCCUUUUCCAAUGCCAUGAAGCGUAACACCGGCUUUGUUACUCAAGAUGAUGUUCUUUACCCUCAUCUCACAGUGUCCGAGACACUCGUGUUCACUGCCCUCCUCCGUUUGCCCAAAACUUUUACGGUUGUGGAAAAAAUCAUGCAUGCUGAAGCGGUUAUUACUCAACUCGGAUUAAUAAAGUGCAAGGAUAGCGUCGUUGGAGGUCCACUAUUGAGAGGAAUUUCAGGUGGGGAGAGGAAAAGGGUAAGUAUAGGGCAGGAAAUGCUUAUUAACCCGAGUUUAUUGUUCUUGGAUGAACCAACAUCGGGGCUUGAUUCUACUACAGCUUUAAGGAUUCUGUCUACAUUGAGGGAUUUGGCGAAGGGUGGCAGGACGGUUGUGAUGACAAUACAUCAACCUUCGAGUAGGCUAUUUUACAUGUUCGACAAAGUGCUGCUAUUAUCCGAAGGAAACACCCUGUAUUUUGGCAGAGGCGAAGAUGCGAUGGGAUAUUUUUCAAGGAUCGGAUUUUCCCCGUUGGUUGCUAUGAAUCCCUCGGACUUCUUAUUGGAUCUUGCAAAUGGUAUAUUAUCGGAUGAUCCUCGCGUAUUAACAGAUGAACCUGGAGAAGAUCCAGCAUCGAUCAAGCAAACUUUGGUAACCGCUUUCAAAACCAAUCUAGCAGAGAACUUGAAGGAACAAUUGCAAGAAUGUGACGAUCAUCAGAUUGCUGAAAAAUUUCAUGAGAAGAAAUUCAAGCAAUGGCCAAACACGUGGUGGCAGCAAUUCUCAGUGUUAUUUAGAAGAGGGAUGAAAGAACGGAAACACGAGUACUUCUCUCGCCUCAAGGUUGGACAAGUCUUGGUGCUGGCUUUAAUGUGUGGAUUGUUAUGGUGGAAAUCUAAUAACAUACAAGAUCAGAUUGGGCUUCUGUUCUUCUACACUAAUUUCUGGGAGUUUUUUCCUAUGUUCCAAGCUAUUUUUACCUUCCCACAAGAGAGGAUGAUGCUGGAGAAAGAAAGAUCAUCAGGCAUGUACCGACUCUCUGCAUACUUCAUGGCUCGGACUGUAGGUGACCUUCCCAUGGAGCUAGUCCUUCCGACUAUUUUCACCAUUGUAACCUACUGGAUGGCUGGCCUAAAACCGGCCGCAUGGAACUUCUUCUCUACCUUAUUGGCCCUCCUCUACAAUGUACUAGUCUCCCAAGGCCUCGGACUUGCUAUUGGUGCAAUAAUUAAAGACCUAAAAUCAGCCACUGCACUAGGCUCAGUCAUCAUGCUAUCGAUGACCUUAGUCGGAGGGUACUUCGUUCAGCAUGUCCCGAGCUUCAUUGCCUGGAUCAAGUACGUAUCAAUUACUCUAUACGCGUACAAGCUCUUGUUGGGGUCCCAGUUUACUGGGGGGGAAACAUAUUUGUGUGGCACAAAUGCGACGUGUCUAGUUGAAGAUUUUCCUUCCAUAAAGACUAUAGGGAUUGGAGGUAAGGGCAUCUCAAUUGUUGCAUUGGCUAUUAUGCUUUUGGGUUACAGGUUCUUGGCUUAUGUUGCUCUUAUGAGGAUUGGCGUGACAAAGAAAUAGAUUUGCUUACUCAUAAGGUUGUAGUAAUCAAAGUAAACUGUAAUAGGUGUUAGCAAGUGCCCCAUUUGUAAUUUUGAUUUGCUUUUUGCUGAGAUAUACUAGCCAUGUUAUACAAAGAACAUGGGAUUUAUCUAACUCUAUUUGGUUGGUUUCUAGACCAUCUAUCAAAUG